GGAACUGCAGCUUCCCAACGUGCAGGGCUGAUGAAUCAAUCGGUUUGACUUAAAGACGAGCCACUGCACGGCCUCUUUCAGAUAAAUCAAAAACUCUGCUUAUACUUUAAGGACGUCUCUCAUGUGAACCACUCAAUGAGAUUGGAGGGUUGCAGUAUUUUUGUCCAUGCCGCAGAUGAUGAAGGGCUGUUAGAUGCUUUCCAAAGCUUCCCGCUGGCCACAUUCUCCCCCUCGGACCCACAGACGUUAUACAGCAACACAGUUUGAGGGAAUAAGUCGUGUAAAGAGCGACAUCACAGACAAUCGAUUCCUUGAAUUAUUGAACAGAAGGUCUUUUUUUUUGUGUGUUAUCUUUGACCCUGUUUUCUCUCUCUCGCUCGUUUCCAGUCCAUGAUACAGACGAGGAAGGCCGGCCUCGCCCACACGCUGUCCACACGGACCUCGCUGAAGGACGAAGAGCUUAAAAACCACGUGUACAAGAAGACCCUGCAGUCGCUCAUCUACCCCAUCUCCUGCACCACGCCGCACAACUUCGAGGUGUGGACCGCCACCACGCCCACCUACUGCUACGAGUGCGAGGGGCUGCUGUGGGGCAUCGCGCGGCAGGGCAUGCGCUGCGCCGAGUGCGGGGUCAAAGUGCACGAGAAGUGCCAGGAGCUGCUCAACGCCGACUGCCUGCAGAGAGCCGCCGAGAAGAGCUCCAAGACGGGGGCGGAGGACCGCACGCAGCACAUCAUCAUGGCCAUGAAGGACAGGAUGAAGAUCCGCGAGAGGAACAAGCCGGAGAUCUUCGAGGAGAUCCGGAAGGUGUUCGACGUCUCCAGGGUGAUCCACGGGCAGCACAUGAAGACCGUCAAGCAGAGCGUCCUGGACGGCACGUCCAAGUGGUCGGCCAAGAUCACCAUCAACGUCGUCAGUGCGCAGGGUCUCCAGGCCAAGGACCGGACGGGCUCCAGCGACCCGUACGUCACCAUCCAAGUGGGGAAGACCAAGAAGAGGACGAAGACCAUCUACGGAAACCUCAACCCGGUCUGGGAGGAGAAGUACAGCUUCGAGUGCCACAACUCGUCGGACCGCAUCAAGCUGCGCGUCUGGGACGAAGACGACGACAUCAAGUCGCGAGUGAAGCAGCGGCUCAAGAGGGAGUCCGACGACUUCCUGGGACAGAGCAUCAUCGAGGUCCGGACCCUCAGCGGCGAGAUGGACGUGUGGUACAACCUGGAGAAGAGAACAGACAAGUCGGCGGUGUCUGGUGCCAUUCGUCUUCAGAUCAGUGUGGAGAUCGAGGGAGAGGAGAAGGUGGCCCCCUACCACGUGCAGUACACCUGCCUUCACGAGAACAUGUUCCACUUCUCCACGGACCUGGAGGGGGGCGGCGUGGUGAAGAUCCCGGCGGCUCAGGGAGACGACGCCUGGAAGGUGUACUACGACGAGGUGAAGCAGGACAUCGUGGACGAGUUCGCCAUGCGCUACGGCAUCGAGUCCAUCUACCAGGCCAUGACCCAUUUCUCGUGCCUGUCCUCUAAGUACAUGCUGUCGGGGGUCCCCGCGGUGAUGAGCACCCUGCUGGCCAACAUCAACGCCUUCUACGCCCACCCGACCGCCUCCACCAACGUCUCCGCUCCGGCCAGAUUCGCAGCCUCCAACUUCGGGAGGGAUCGUUUUGUGAAGCUGCUGGACCAGCUGCACAACUCCCUGCGUAUCGACCUCUCCAUGUACAGAAACAACUUCCCAGCCAGCAGCAAGCCUCGCCUCCAUGACCUCAAGUCAACGGUGGAUCUUCUCACCAGCAUCACCUUCUUCAGGAUGAAGGUCUUGGAGCUCCAGAGCCCCCCCAGAGCGGCUCACGUGGUGCGCGACUGCGUCAAGGCCUGCCUGAACUCCACCUACGAGUACAUCUUCAACAACUGCCUGGAGCUCUUCAACCGCCAAUUCCAACCCGCCGCUCCACCGCCUGAGCCAGAGAAGAAGAUGAAGAAGAAGAAGAAGAAGAAGGAAAAAGUGGAAGGAGAGGAGGAGGGAGACAAUGUAGAUGAAGAAGAAGAGGAGGAGGAAGAAGAAGAAGAGGAGGUGGAGGAGGAGAAGAAAGAGGAGACCCAGCAGGAGGAGCAGGGCCCGAGCAUCCAGAAUCUGGACUUUUGGCCUAAACUCAUCACACUCAUGGUUUCCAUCAUCGAGGAGGACAAGAACUCCUACACUCCCAUCAUCAACCAGUUCCCUCAGGAACUGGAUGUGGGGAAAGUCAGCACGGAGGUCAUGUGGAGGCUGUUUGCUCAGGACAUGAAGUACGCUCUGGAGGAGCACGAGAAGCAUAAACUGUGUAAGACUGCCGACUACAUGAACCUGCACUUCAAGGUCAAGUGGCUUUACAACGAGUACGUGAAGGACCUGCCGGCCUUCAAGGACACUGUGCCGGAAUACCCUGCGUGGUUCCUGCAGUUCGUCCUGGCCUGGCUGGCUGAGAACGAGGACGUGUCCAUGGAGUUCAUGCACGGGGCUCUGGAGAGAGACAAGAGGGAAGGGUUCCAGCAGACGUCGGAGCACGCCCUGUUCUCCAGCUCCGUGGUGGACAUCUUCACUCAGCUCAACCAGAGCUUCGAGAUCAUCAAGAAGCUGGACUGCCCCGACCCCGCCGUGGUGGCCCAGUACAACCGGCGCUUCGCCAAGACCAUCACCAAGGUGCUGCUGCAGUACUGCGCCCUGCUGGCCAAGAGCUUCCCCUCCUACUGCGAGAAGGAGAAGAUACCCUGCGUGCUGAUGAACAACAUCCAGCAGAUGAGGGUCCUGUUGGAGAAGAUGUUCGAGGCGAUGGGAGCCAAACAGACUGAAGCCACAGCUGCCACGAAGAAGCUGGAUACGGAGGCAGCCGACAUCCUCAAUGAGCUGCAGGUGAAGCUCAACACUUACCUGGACAACUUCAGUAUCGUGUUUGCCAAGAGUUUCCAGGCUCGCAUUAACUCCUGCAUGCGUCAGAUGGCUGAGAUCCUGUACCAGAUCAAAGGCCCCCCCAACCACAACACGGCCGAGGCCGACGCCGACAACAUGCUGAGGCCCCUCAUGGAGUUCCUGGAUGGGAAUCUCAGCAUCUUCGCGGAUAUUUGUGAGAAGACGGUGCUGAAGAGGAUCCUGAAGGACCUGUGGAAGAUGGUCCUGAGCAGCCUGGAGAAGUCCAUCGUCCUGCCGCAGAGCAACGACAGCCUGGGUGCCCAGCUCCUCACAGCGGCCAAAGGACUGUCCAAUCUCAAGGGCGGCGGUGAAGCCAAAACGCUGACGCCCAAACAGUGCAUCAUCAUCGACGCCGGGCUGGAGACCAUCAAGCAAUACUUUCACGCGGGAGGAAACGGGCUGAAGAAGACGUUCGUGGAGAAGAGUCCUGAACUGGCUUCUCUGCGUUACGCCCUCUCUCUCUACUCGCAGAGCACCGACGCCCUCAUCAAGACCUUCGUCACCACGCAGCACUCCCAAGUGCAUGAUGGGAUGGGCAUCAGAAUCACCGGCAGUGAGAAGAUCCGACCCGAUAGAGGCCCGGGGGUGGAGAAGCCCAUCGGAGAGGCCCUUCUGCAGAUCGACAUGAUGCUCGGCAAGGAACGCAAAGUCAGCGUCAGAGUCAUCGCGGUGAACGACAUGAAGUGGCAGACGUCGGGGAUGUUCCGGCCCUUCGUCGACGUGGCCAUGGUCGGCCCCUUCCUGGGCGACAAGAAGCGCAAGUUCACCACCAAGUCCAAGAACAACUGCUGGUCGGCCAAGUUCAACGAGGCCUUCCAGUUCGUCCUGGGUAAGGAGUCCCCGGACUGCUACGAGCUGCAGGUGACGGUGAAGGACUACUGCUUCGGCCGGGCGGACCGCGUGGUGGGCGUGGCCGUGGUUCAGCUGCGCGACGUCGCCGACCGCAAGAGCUGCGUGUGCUGGUGCCCGCUGGGGCCGCGCAUCCACACCGACGAGACGGGCCUCACCGUGAUGCGCAUCCUGUCCCAGCGGCCCGCCGACGAGGUGGCCAAGGAGGUCGUCAGGCUGAAGGCGGAGACCCGUCCCGCGGAGGAGGGCAGAUGAGCGGGAGGCGCGAUGGGGAGAGAGACGGUGACGCGGGUCACGGUCAGCGUUUGAGAGGCGGGGCUUCGGCCAUGGUCCUUGUCCUCAGAGAACAUGGACCUCUGAAGCCUCUGACCCAGGGGGGGUCCUCCUAAAGCAGUUCAUCCUGACUGCUCUUAGACAUCUAUUGAUCCUGAACAACUAUGACAUCAUGUGAGAGUGAGUUGGUGGAAGCAAACCAACAUUCUUGUGCUGUCUGAGCCUUUGAGGCCUUUUGACUGCAAACACACGUCGACAUGGAAGCAGCUGAUUAGUGUCACGUGACCAAAUGUGUGGACAAAAGUCAAACAUAAUACAGUUAUUUUUCAUUUCACGUGACGUGAAGUGAGACGUUACAUCAGAAAUAAUCAGAACACGUCAAACCAGAGUGAAUAGUAUGAAGUCACAGAGUUUCUAGAGAGUUUGCUGAAGGAGAUCUUGUGUAACUGCAGUCAAGAUGAUGUGUGUCAAGAUGCUUUUAAUUUGUGUCGCCUCUUCGUGGUGAACCUGUUUCUCCUGAAGAUAAAAACCAUGAGAAGUCGUCACAUUGAGAUAUGAACUCAUAUCAGUUCUUAUGAAAUAUGCCUUAAAAAAGAAGCGUCCUCAGUGGGAUUCAGAGAGACUUCGUUUCUAUGACACUGCAAAGGAUUCUGGGUAAACUAGUUAGAAGUCUCUGACAGACCUCUGGACUGUGGCCCAGUGAGGACAAAUGGUGUCAAAGUGUGACUGUGGACUCUGAACGGACACAACCGAGAGGCCACCACCUUCUUCCAGGGGUCAAAUCAAAGCGACCUCUGGCUGUUUGAUGUUUGUUCUGCAGCUUUAAAUGGGAUGAGGACAGGACGUCUCUCAGCCUUGUCCUGCACACUGUAGCCACUGUGUGUUUGUGAGCAUCGGAUCGCUGUCUCUGCAUCAUCGGCUCUACAAACUGGGAUGAAACAAUGAGCCCCGCAGGCGGCUUGUUUAAUGUGUGUAACCGGGUUCCAUCCACACUCGUUGUGUGUCGACCACGUGCCAAGGAGCGCCAGUGUCGUCGUGUCGUCAGCGGACCGGUGCGGCCGUCCUGGAUGUCCCCGAUUCUCACUGCACGCUCUGCCAAAAGUAGCUCCAGAGGUUCUGGGUGGCGUUCAGAUGGAACCAGUUGAGAGAGGGAACCAUGGCUGGUCUGUGGUGUGAGUGACUCUACAACGGCCUCCGCUGCACUGACCACUGACCUCGUGCCCUCUGUUCACAACUAACAACGGGACCACAGCAUGUAGUUAUUGUGCACUAAGUACCAGAAGGGUGAAUUCUUCCUGUAUGUACUGUGAAACAUGGAGAUUGAUCACAUAGAUGUAAAGUAGGUCUCAUUAUUCUAAUGUGACAUAUGAUGAAUAAACCUGUAACAAUAUUUUGUACAUAAAACCUUUGUG